AUGAGAUCAACAGCCAGUCCAUUAUUCAUUUUGGUGUUGCUAAUUCUAGUCCAGAUCUGCGUAGGCUUACGCCUGCCGCCGCAAAUAAACUCACUCUCGAGCGGCCACCAUUUGGAGGAAGGCCAAAACCUAAUUAUCUCUCCUGCAUCCGCAGUACUUUCUCUAGUGGCGCUGUAUCUGUGCAGCAGUGGGAAGCUAAAUGAGCAACUGAGGAAUCUGUUGUGGCUCAGCGAGUCUGAGAAUGAUGUGAGAGACACUUUUAAGUCCAUUCUACAUGACCACACAAACAGAGGAUUCGAGCUACUCUUAGCGAACAAAAUAUACCUUUCAUCGGCCCACCCCGUCUUGCCAAGUUUUAGGGAACUCUUAACUAGCACCCUGAAUGCAAACGUCGAUAAUAUUGACUUCAAGGACAGUGAAGCUGCUACCGACAAUAUCAAUCAAUGGGUGGCCUUGCAAACCAAAAACAAAGUUCUAAACCUGAUCCAAAAUGUGCCGCCUAAAACAGCAUUUAUAUUUGUAAAUGCAUUGCAUUUGAGAGCCACAUGGGACCAGCCCUUCAAUAGAAAUCGCACCUCUGAGAAAAAGUUCCAUAUGACCCACACAAAGACCGUGAACGUGAAUAUGAUGCAUCUGGAAGCCGAAGUUCCCUAUGGCCAUCUAUCUGCAAUUGAGGCGGAAGUCCUUCAACUGCGCUUUAGAAAUUCAUGCUUGUCCAUGUACAUAUUGUUGCCUGAUAGGCUGGAAGACCUGCAAAAGUUGGUCAAAAGGAUGUCACAAUUCGAUGCCAUGAGCUUGCCCAAGCACUUGGUUAAUACCCGCAUGAGCAUUACUAUACCAAAGUUUAACAUCGACAGCAGUCAUAAUCUCAUACCACCCCUUGCCUCCUUGGGUCUGACGGACAUUUUCGUAAGCCAUCGCUACCCUAAAUUAACGAGUUCAACGGUUCCCAUCAAGGUAGACCAAAUCCAUCAAAAGGCUGUGAUUAAAGUCAAUGAAAUUGGCGUUGAAGCCUCGGCAGCCACAGGAAUCGUGACGAAGCAUCCUGUCGCAAUUGAAUGUAAGAAGUUUUUUGUAGCGAAUCGUCCAUUUGCCUUUUAUAUUCAGGACAAGAACAUUGUCUAUUUUCAUGGAUUUGUGCAAGGUUUUCCUACUCGAAACGGCCACAGCUCUCAAACGACCGAGGAGCUACGCAGAAAGAACUCUUUACUCAAAGCAGCUGGAGACAAUGACUAGUAAUAUAUUUAAGACUUAUAAGUAUUUACGAGCUGUGUUUUCAAAAUUUAUCUUUAGCUGAAAAGCCAAUCAUGUCAUCUAAAUAACACCUUAAUAAGCAUGUAAAUUCAAAGCUGAAAAAUAUAUAUUCCUCGAAUUUAAAAUCAAA